AUGUCUGGACAGCUGAACGGGUCGUUGCACUCGCCAAUUUAUACCCCCCACCUCAUCCAGGACGAGAUGAAGGGGGAGAGAGGAUUGAGACAGAUGAGGAGGACAAAGAUCUGGACAGCUACAUGUACCCAGACGAUUGGAUACAGCGUAAUUCCGCUUUACCAGGAAGCUUUGGACAUUCCUUUAUUCCGGCAGGAGAUAAGGGGGAGUGCAGUGAAUACGUCUCGAGACUAUUACCACCAGACUCUCGCAGACGAACAAGAACAAGAUGAAACAGAAUCGAUAUAUCAGCUACUUCGACGGGUUAUAGACUCCCACCCGGAAGCGAAUGCUGUGUGUGCAGGUGCUGUUCUGUCCACGUACCAGCGAACUAGGAUCGAAAAUGUUGCGAUACGGUUGAACCUGAUACCUCUUGCGUGGCUGUGGAUGUACCCGUACCUCCCUGCACCUGUACAGUACGGGAAUAAUGCUGCUGCCGCGGCCAGAGUACCUAUUACAGGGCUGCUAGACGAUAUGGCUGCAUGCGGCUGUGAAGCGAGAGUAAUAAAAGUAGCCAGCGGCGGGCUAGAUGAAAGUACUUUAUGGGGUGACCUUGUAAGUCAAGACGGAACAGUCAGGAGGUCAAUUGUGAAGAGACUGGGACGGUUCUUGGAUGAAGGUAUUGAAGCUGCUGUGCUGGGCGAAGGAGGGGAAUACGAAAGCCUUGCUUUAGAUGGACCACGAUUUCUAUGGAAGAAGAGAAUUCAUGUUGAUUCCGUUGAUAGAAGAGCUGGAGAAGCCGGAGUGGCUUUCUUAUCCCUCAAAGGUGCCAGGUGCGCUGAGAAAGAGCGCUGUGAAAAUGACAAGGAGAUCACACUGAGUGAUGUGAGAGUGCCUUGGAUUUUUGAGGAUGAAUUCAAGAGAGUUCUUGACACUGUGAAACUUAACGAGGUGGCGCAAACCACUCCAUUAUAUCAUAAAAGGGAAGAUAACAGGUAUCAGGUACCCACAGAACAGUAUAAAGAGUUUGGUGGAUACUUGAAUAUCUACAAUCUUACCGCACCUGAAGCUGGAAGCGGAGCUUCAAAGCAGAUGGAUGCAAUCAAACAGAAACUGACAGCUCUUUUAAGAGCCAAAAAGAAAGAAGAAGGAGAAGAAAUAACACCAAAUGAUGCUAUAUUUAGCACAAUUCUACUCCGAUCAAUGGACGAUUUUGCACCUGUUAACGCUAUAUACUCCAGUCUAUUUACUCGGCCUAACCCUCCAGCCAGGGCCACAGUGGCUUGCGGGGAUAGUUUACCGACUGGAGUUGAUAUCAUGAUAUCCUUUACCUUCUACCUAGGCUCAAGCACACGUUUGCAAGCCCUCCAUGUCCAGUCAAGGUCUUAUUGGGCCCCAGCAAAUAUAGGACCCUAUUCCCAGGCAGUGUACGCGCCAAUCCAGUCGCCUUCUGGGCAGGCACCAGCAGCGGGACUAGUUUAUAUUGCUGGCCAAAUUCCACUUGAACCAAGCUCAAUGCAGAUAUAUUCCCCUACUGGAGCGUUGGAAGGCGAGCCUUCAGUAUUCCUCUAUCAAGCUGCUCUAUCUCUACAGCAUUUAUGGCGAAUAGGUAAGGCAAUGGAAGUGAAAUGGUGGAUGGGAGCCGUGGUGUUCCUAUCUACUCAUGCUAAGGCGCAGUCUAGAGCAACUGUAGCGUGGGAUAUGUGGAAGUGGAUGAACGAAGAUCAUAGUACGAAUGAUACAGACGGAGAAGAUGAUGGUGACUCUUCGGCAUUCGAUGUCUGGCAUAUGAAAUAUGGGGGACAAUAUGGUCAGCCUAAGACAGACGUGACUACGCACCCGAUACCAGACUUUGACAUCGUAAAGGGAACAUCUACGAUACCGUCCUUCUUUGCCGUGGAGGUUGAUAAGCUUCCCCGAGGAAGCAGUAUCGAAUGGCAGGGUCUUGGAUUAAGGGCAAGCGGUGUUACUCUAUCUUAUGACCAAACUGCUGAUUUGCGGAUUCUACAUGCGUCUGGGUCCGAGUUUGGCUGCUAUACAUCUAUAGCAAUUGUGGCGAAGCGCGACGUUGAUCUCGAUGCCUCACUACGAAAAGCACUGCAGAUCGCCACGGAAAAGCUGCCUUAUGGAGGUGAAUUUUCACAUAUGGCUCUUUACACUACGCAUGCCACCGAGUUUGAAGGCUGGGAUGGCCAGGUGAUACCGUGUAGGGCUGUGUACGGCUCUGCAGCAGAGGAGCUUGUCGCUGCUCUUAUUUUUCAAACAUCCUUGCCGCCAUAG